AUGGCCGACGCUGCUGGCGCUGAAGAUGCCACCGUCACCUUCCAUGUCAAAUCCUCGGGUAGCCAGAAAUGGACACUGACUUUGCCUCUGUCAACGACGACACUCGAUUUGAAAAAUAAACUUGCCUCUGAAGAAUACGCCAAUGUUCCAGCGUCGGCUCAGCGGCUGAUUUACAGCGGGAAGGUGCUGAAAGACCACGAAACCCUCGCCUCUCACAAUGUGAAAGAAGGCAACACGAUGCAUCUGGUCAAGAGUGCCGCUAGCAAUCAAAGACAGAACCCGGCUACACAAUCCUCCUCGACCUCGACCCCUGCCGCGGGAGCUACACCGCAGGCCGUUCCGGGCGUACCUCAAAAUCUGGCAUCAGGCACUGGGAACGAUCCUCUGGCUGGUUUGACAGGCGCCCGAUAUGCGGGAUUCUCCCAGUUGCCAAAUCCCAGCAUGUUUCAAGAAAAUCUCACACCAGACGACUUCCUUCGCCAGUUGGAUAACCCCCACUUCCAGCAGAUGAUGCGUGAAGCCAUGGGCAACCCCCAAGUCCAAGACAUGAUCAUCAACCAGAAUCCACAUCUUAGAGCGAUGGGGCCCCAGGCGAGGCAGAUGCUCAAUUCUGACUACUUCAGAUCCAUGAUGACGAAUCCCCAAAUGCUUCGGAACAUGAUGCAGAUGCAGCAACAGAUGGGCAUGGGUCCUUUCGGCGGUGCGGCUGGAGGGGAGGCCUUUCCAGCGCCCGGCGUCACCAACACAACGGAACAGGGCACUAAUGGCGGUACUCCUCAAAACGCGCCCAGCGACCCGCCGGGGAUGCCACCGAGCUGGGGUCGCGCAACACAGCCUGGCGAACAGUUACUCUCCCUUUUACAACAAAUGAGAGACACAACGCAAGCCCUUGCCGACGCCUAUGGAGAUCCCAACACCAAUGCGACCGGGGCCCGAAGUGGAGAAGCUGGAUCCAAUAACCAAGCCGGUGGCCAACAACCACAAACCGCUGACAAUAUGACAAACCAGACCCAGCAGCGUAUGAACCCUUUCAUGGCACUGUUCCCACCGCAAGGGAGGGGUCCCAACACCACUUCACCUCCUCCACUCAAUCCUUUCAACCCACAGCAAAACCCAUUCCUCCAGAACCCUGAGGCCAUGCAACAAUUCCUACAGGAAAUGAAUGCUGGCCAAGGUGGUCAAGGUGGCGAGGGUAUGGAUUAUGGCGGACUAUUCAAUAUGCUCGGUGCCGGCCGGCCAACGUCACCACCGGACAACCGACCGCCUGAGGAGCGAUAUGCGCAGCAGCUACAGCAGUUGAACGAGAUGGGAUUUUAUGAUUUCGACCGGAAUGUCCAGGCACUGCGAAGAACGGGGGGAAAUGUGAACGGCGCAAUAGAAUACCUGCUAAGUCAUCCUGCAGACUAG